AUGGGAGCCACUCGUCCUAGGGCCAUUGCAGGCACGACCUCCACGACGACGGCACAUGUCGAUAAAUCAUACCCAUCAUCAAGCGGCCGUAUCGGAAAGGCGUACAAGUUCGCUCAUCGUGUGAUGUCGGCCACAGCUGGAAUGGCUCGUCUCCCCAAGAAGCUUCAAGUCCUUGGCAACCUCGGGAGCAAGACACCAUUUCAGAUCAUCACGAAAUCCCUUUUCUCGCUGCGGCCCUCGAUUCAAAUCCCAAAGCGCGCCACUAUCGCCGUGGUCGAGGAUACCAUCAGAGAGCCCUGCCAGCCGUCACCUCAAGAUCCGAUGCUCGUCCCAAAACUCAUACUGACGACGCCCAACGGCGACAUAACCACCCCCAAUUUCUCCACGACUUGGCGGAAGAUAGAACGCACUCUCGAGAGCGACAAACAAUUCACGGAAUGGAUCAUGGGCGAGUUUCUGAGCCCCUUGUACUACGCCGAAAUCAACACGGCGAGAGAUCGGCGGCGGGUGAAGAAUAGAAUCGCGCGGGUGCGUGCGGCAAAAGCACGUCAGCUCCAAGCAUGGAAGAAGAAGAAGAACUCGAAAGAGGCGAAGGAGAGACAAUCUUCGUAA